AUGAGCGACAACAAUACACUGCGGAUGGCGGAAAUGCUGGAUAAGCAAAAUUCCCGGCAACAUGAUUUCAUGAAGCGAAUGAUGGAGAUGAACUACAAUGCAAGAUUGUCCGACCAGGCAAGAGAUGAUCGAAACGCGAUUCGAAGUGAAAAUAAUCUCAAAGAAGUCAAUGCUGGUUAUCAUAUUUUUAUUUUCAAUUGUAAUAAUUGUUCAUUCAAUGUUGUUCAUACUUCAAAUAGGAAAAAAUAA